AACGAAUUCUUUGACGUCAGGAAAGCCAGUCGAACGGCAUUCAGUCCGCUUCAGUGGCUUUGGUGUAACAGUGAAGUUCAUUCAGUUCAAAUGUGCGUUUUUGGGAAAAAUUCGGGGAAAACGGCGCCAAAAACAUGACCGAAUAACUCGAAUAUAAGCCAAGAUGGUGCGAAGUCGCACCCCUUCGCAGGGGGGUGGCUCGCAAGGCUUCGAAAUGGAACGAAAGUACUCGGUACCAUCGAACCCAGAUUCGAGAGCUUUCUCAGGCACCACCAGCGAGGACCUCCACGCCUGGUCCAUCUACAGACAAAACCUCAACUCGGAUUUCACGGACAGUGCCUUAGGCUCCACCGACAAAAGCCCCCUGCCUUAUGGCAACUUCCAGCUGCGCGACACCACGGUCCAGUCCAUAUUAUCCCACCCUCGAUACGGCCCAAAAUCGGCUUUGGGCUCGAACAUGUACACGUAUUUAAAGUUCGGGCUCCCUCGUGUCUUCCCGCCGAACCACAACGGCUCCAACCGGUCGGGGACUCCCCAGCAUUUCGUCCGAAAUGCCUCGACACGUCCCCACACUAGGGGUCCAAAAUCUCGCGGUUUGCGAGACGGAAGUUCCGGUUACGACAGUUCGGAUAAUGAGACGUCCAAUUACAAACAUAACCGGAAAUACCGCUCGGAUCCAGACUUCCGGAUGCAGAACAUUCACUAUCACGGGGGAAGUCCCGGAAUUCCUCUCGCGGCAAUGCAACAAGGCGGGGUCCGGACUCACAAUCAAUGGAACCGGAAUAAAAGCGUUUCUGAGGCCAAUUUACUGGCGGCUGAGUACGGGCCGCACCCGCACCAUAGGAGGAACAGUGUGGCGGAGUUUGGGCACCACCAUGAUGUGGUGGACAGUCACAUUGGCCGUCCUGUGUCGAAGGCCGAGAGCCACAUCUCAAUUCCCGUCUCCCGGAGAGGUCCCUCGGUCAUCCGAACGGACUACUUGUCCCAGGACGAGGACCCCGGAACCUCCUUCAUCUACCCGCACCUCCAGGUCGGUGGCAUUGGAGUUUGGCCGAAAACCAGCUCCUGCUUCGGGUCCAAGCACCACCUGCUGCUCAACGACGUCUCGUUCGAGAUCCGUGGAGGCGAGAUCAUGGCCAUCAUGGCCACGUCGGAGGAAGAGGGCACAGCUCUGCUGGACCUGGUGGCAGGACACGCCAAGCCCGUCGUGGGCGACAUCAUCCUCAACGGCCAGACCGUCAAAUCGGAGAUGUUGAAGAACCGGGUCGCGUACGUCCAAAGUGACUCGCAUUUGUGCAAAGACAUGACCGUUAUUCAGACUUUGCGGUUUCACUACGAUCUCAAAAAACCCACCGAUAAGUUGGGCUAUCUCAAGAUCGAUGCCAUGGACCGGAUCAACGUGCUGAUCGAGGAUCUGGGCUUGGAGCAGGUGAGGAACACCAAAGUGGCGUCGAUGACGAUUUCGGAGCGGAGGAGGUUGAAUGUGGCGUGUCAUUUGCUGCUGGAUACGGAUGUGGUGGUUUUGGACCAGCCGACCAGAGGGAUGGAUAUUUUCGAUACGUUCUUCCUGGUGGAGUAUUUGAGGCAGUGGGCUAAUGGGGGGGCUGGGAAUGCAUUGGGGAGGAUUGUUAUUCUGACGCUGCAUCCGCCCACCUAUGAGAUUUUUACGAUGCUGUCGAGGAUUUUGCUGAUUUCGGCCGGGAGGACGAUGUUUAGUGGGAGGAGGAGGGACAUGUUGCCAUAUUUCGCGCUAGUGGAUUAUCCCUGUCCCUCGUUCAAGAACCCAUCAGACUAUUAUCUCGAUCUAGUAACCCUUGACGACCUCUCGGCCGAAGCGAUGCUAGAGUCAUCCCAAAGAAUCGAACAACUAGCUGAGGUCUUCCGCCAAAAGCAGGAACCAAUGAGCGACCCAGGCCCACCCUCAACCCUCCCAAUGACCGUCCGAAACUCAAAUUUUCUAGUACAAGGUUUCGUUUUGUUUACUAAGUCAAUGAUUUACACCCAACCUGCAACCUUCAUCACUUGGCUGACCCUUAUCGUUAUUUCGGCCAGUCUCUCGCUCAUUAUUGGUGCAAUAUUCUGGGACGUACCCAACACGGACCCACAGCUGAAUUUAAACGACAGACUUGGGUACCAUUACAGCGUGAUGUGUGUCAUGUCUUGGCCACUUUUAUUACUUCUGACUUUGAGUGAAGUCCAGAGGAAUAAAAACACAGUUGAGAGGGACAUCAAGGACGGGUUGUACACCAGACUGACUUAUAUCGUUUCAAAAAGCAUCAUAAAUCUGCCACCAUCUCUCUUCAUCUGGUUGAUUUAUUUGGUCCCGAGCUACUCCAUGUCGGGGCUUUACAUGCAAAGUCUGAACGACUACGAAGGCUUUUACGUCUACAUUGGCCUCAUGCUGCUUUACCUAAUCACAAUUCAAGAAUUUCUACUCGCUUUUAUCUAUUUUAUUCCACUUCGGGACACCGCAGCUACGAUUUCCGCUCUUUUCCUCACCGCUUUCUUCCUCUCCUCCGGAUACCUAGUCCACUUCAAAGACUUACCACCCUACGUAAAAUUUUUGCAAUUUUUGAGUCCCCCAACCUGGACAAUGCCAUACCUUCUAAGUCGCGAGUUAUCCCCCGAAGCUAUAGCCAGUAGUUCGGCUCUGAUGUACUGCAGGAACAAGCAAGUGCAACACCAGGAUAUCAUAGUGCAGUUGCCUUGUCCGACCGGAAACGGGACGCAAGUCUUGACGAAUUAUGGAUAUUUAACGUCGAGUUUGAAAUUCUACAAUUAUGGGAAUCCCCCGAUUGCGCUGGUGGUUUUCUACGUGAUUUGUUUCGUUGUUGCAUGUUUUGCUUUUGUUUGUCGACGGACGGGCUCGCAGAGACGGGCCAGAAACGAUGCCAAUAAACCAUAGGUUUUAUUAUUGUUAUUAUUUAUCGAUAGGUGAAUAAAUUUUUUAAACAUU